UAUCUGCUGCUCUACACUCUGCUUCCUUCAAGUGCUGCAUUUUUUAUUUGCUUGCCCUGCUCUUUUAUCUUUUAAUCCAGAAAAAAAGAAAAACUAAAAUUUUAUCACUUGCAAACAUAGUGUUCCAGCUGUAAAUGAGCAGUCUUAUAUAUUAAUUGUAAGACUGGUGGUUGUUGAGCUUCGAUACUUCAUAUAUCUAGUACUAGUUCUUUUUUGUUUCGAGUUUCGAUCCGUCUAACUGUUGGACAGGGGAGUCUUUAACUGCUAAUGGAAGUGAAAGACACAAAUUCUACUCAAUUGGCGUAUGGGGAACCUCCCUGGAUUUUUAAAGGCAGUGCUUUAUACCAGCUUCAUCUUGUCAAAGCAGAGACUGCUCGAGCUUUCGUUCCCAAAGACUGCCGACUAGUUGAGGCAUUUGGAUAUACUCUUGGCGGGUUCUUUCUUGCUAGCUAUGAUGACAGUCCUGCUGGAUUCUUCGACGAGUUGGUGGUGAUUGCAGGACUAGUAUGGAAUCCACCUACAUCUUGUGCAUGGGCUGCCAGGGUGCUGGUGGAUAGUAAUGAGGCGUGCCUUCAUGGGCGGAAGGUUGUAGGUCUUCCAAGUCAAGUUGCCAGGUUUUCAAAGAAAAUUACAGCACUUCCGCGGACACCGAAAAGUAAAACAAGUAGUGUUCUAAGCACUGUUGGCUUGAGGACAUCUUCUGCUAGCUAUAGGAAUAACAUGGACAUAGAAGUAACGGAAAUCAAGAAGCAGAGAGCAAUAAAUAUCUGCAAUAUCAACCUUAAUACCGCUGUUCCUCGACAAGAGUCUAAGGAAUGGAUGGGUCCUCUUAUCAAAAUGUCACUCCCAAACUUUAGCGGACGGACAAAGUACAAUUCUGAUCUCCUCAAGUACUCUUGCCAGAUUGAGUGCAGGGUAAGACCAGUGCGACCAGCAAAAGUCUUGGGACCAUUUGCAUUGGAUGCAGACAAGGAAAAUUCAUCUGAAAGUCAGAGCUCGAAUGUGGAAUCACUAAGCAGAGUGCCUACUGGGACCAAGAGAAAUUUCAGCAUAUCCGUGAUGCUGUCCAAGCCGAUUCUGGCUUUAGAAUUCAAUCAUCUGAAAAUGAAAGUUGAAGCUCCUACUACAGUUACCACACGCUCUCAGAAUACUAUUUGACAAGUCAGUGAUAUCUUUUUUACAUGCCUAACAAAGAUGGCUGAUAUUCUAAUUUCUGCGUGUUCGUUUAUAAAAUGAGUUGCUUUUUGUUAUUUCCAAUUUUCUCACUAGUAGAAAACUUGUAACACUAUCUCCGACUCAUUAAUUAUUGUCAUAGAUCAUUUUCAGCUUCUUCAAUGAGGAUCACAUUUAAGAGGCUUA